GACAAGAGUACUCUGGAUAACACAGCUAUGCAUGGGUAUAUAUAUGUGUGUAUGUGUGUGUGUGUGUCGCGUGUGAACGUAGUCGCACGUUAUUCAUUCGCUUGGCAGCUUGCCGUUCCAAGAUGGAGAGAAAACAACGUCGUGACUGCUCUCGUGCAAGGUGGUUGUAAAUACAGAUCGAAUAGCAUCGAUGAUCCUACUGGUUUUGACGUGAACUCGAAGUUGGAACGCGCAAUGGCGAAAUCCGUGCUGAGUUCGGACACGUUACCAAAGGCAGGUCGCGUUAACGAGGUGUGUCGUGAAUGGUUGGUGCACGAGGAUGGAGCGUUGGCCUAUCGACUUCAAGACGAAGAAAUUAAGGAACAUUAUACUGGUAACAAAGUACGUAAUGCACAGGUGAGAGAAGAUUUGCCACGAGCUAAAGUAGAGCAAGAAUUGGAAGCUUUGAGAUAUCAAAACUAUGUUCAACAACAAGAAGAGAGAGACGCACUUGUCGCCAGACAAAUCGCACUUUCCUUAGAACGAGAAGAAAGACAGAAAGAGCGCGAGCUGCAAGAGUUGAUGAGAUUACAACUAAGGCUUGGGGAUGAAGCUAUGCAACAAGAGAUCGAAAAGCGUGUGCAGGAAGAAAAAGAUGAGGAACUGGCGAGGAAGCUGCAACAAGAAGAGGAGGAAGAUAAUCAUGACGGCCCAGUGGAUGAUCAAUUAAUGCUAGAUCAAAAACUAGCAAUGGAAGCGCAGGAUGCCGAGCUGGCGCGAAUGCUGCAAGAGAAAGAGCGUGCCAAGGCACGUAAAGCACGAGAGAGAGCAAGGCAAAAAAAGUUAGAACGCGAACGUCAACAGCAACAGUUAGACGAGCAGAAUCUAACAGAACGACCACAGAGACCGGAUAGGUUGGACUUAAGGACUCCGCCGGUCAAAAGUCGUGUUCGUCAGCAUAACUCAAAUUACCCUCAAUACUCGGACCCAGAGGAAAUCCAAACGUUAGAUGAUCCUCCGGUCGACGGUGUGAGAGAAGUGGCUAAUGUCGCGACUAUCAUCGAUCCCACUUAUAACGCACAUCGGAACACCUCAAGUAGCUCGAGCAGUACAAUAAGUCCAACUUACGCCUUGCCGACACCACCUCAGGAGCUGAUGCCUGAUGACGUACCCUGUUACAUGCCAAUCCAAGGCCAGCGACGGAAUCAGACUCAAUCCUUGUCUAACGGCCAUGAGGAGAAGCAUAAACGACGCGUUAAAGACGGCUGUAAGCAUCAGUAAAAAAUACCACAAGUUCAAAUCAGUAUUUUCUACAAGAGAUAUUUUAUUUUUCUUUAAUUGCCAUCGAAUGCUACAGUAUUCAGUUUCUAAGAUGUGUCGAAGGAAUUUCAACAGACACAUAUUAACCGACACUAGUAAUGCAUUUAAGGUUUUUCAAUUCUUUUUUUCUGUUUUACGUUAAUAGCGUGUAUAUUCUGCCAUAUCGUUACAUGGUGAUGUAAUUCGCAUUGUGCGAGGCAUAAUGUGCCUUUCUUAAAGGGCAUGGAAAUCAAUGACGGCCUUGAUAUAAAUUAACGAAUUAUUCAAGCAAUUAAGAAAAAUGAUGUUACAAUUGUUGAUUGAUCCGAGCGGAUUGAUUGUACCGUCCUCGAUCUUACAUUUGCAUUUCUCGCGUCCACUUAUUGUGGAAUAUCUCAAGACAUUAGCGAUAAGAAAUGCUUUAUUACAAUAAUACUUGUCAGUAUUAGGAUUUUGGACAUUUUUAGCAAAGAGUAAAAAAAACGACAAAGAUAUCAUAGACAAUCAGAGAAUUUGUAAGAGAUUUAUCGUUUAAAGUUUGAUGCACUUAGACUCGGUGGCGAGUAGAUAGCGACGAUGUACAAAUGUUAAAUGACUGAAAGAGUUUAUUACGGCAACUCUCACAAUUCGUAGAUGAAUCGAACAUACAGAGUGUAACUGAAAUGCAAACGAGCAAGUUGUGAUAAAAGAAUGAUGAAUUCGGUAUAAAUUCUCAUCAAUUUUUCUCGCGAUGGUGUGAGUACAAUGACAUUUAAUAGAGUCUAUCGUGCAAUCGGAAUCACAUAUAACUUGCUCUUAUAGUUUAUAAUCAUAUAUUUCUGCUACACACUGUGUUAUAUACUGGGGUUUUCUUUCUCUCUUUAGGUAAACAGCGGCAUUAAUUUGAUACGUAAUAAUUACGAAUAUUUCACACCCCUUCUAUAGUUAGUAAGGUAGAACGUAAAGAAUGACAACACUGCCAAAGAUAACACUUUAAUGCUGGCCUUUAAACAGAUAGACGAAAGUGUUAAUAAAGAUGGCACGUACACACGUGCAUUAAGCGUACGUAACGAUAUGUACCAACGAGUGUGUGUGUGUGUGUAUGUGUGUGUGUGUGUGUGUGUGUGUGUGUGUGUGUGUGUGUGUGUGUAUGUGUGUGAGAGAGAGCUAAGUAUUGCAAUCUGUCCCGAACAUGAUGCGAACAAGGCUUCAAAAUGUUAGCCAUGUUGCUGAUUGUAAUAUUUCAAAGACAUAUGUUAAAAUACCACAGAAAUGCCACGAAA